CUCUCCCAAAAGACGGCCUGCACCGCGUCACUGCUCCCACCAAAUCAUCCAUUCGCUUCCACGCUGCUGCGCUUCCGACGCCUCGUUCCAUCGAGACAUCCGCCCAACGUCCAACCUCCCCGAAACUCGUUAAGCUUCGACCACGGGAAAAGGCGCCUUGUCCACUCUCAGCACACCCUUCCCCCUUCCUUCGCUUCCCCUCUCUUCUUCUCGUUGCGCGCCACUCUUUGCGCUUCGCAUUAUGGUCUUCUUCAAACGCCUCUCCCGCAGUCGCAGUCGCUCCAAUUCGCAAUCCUACGUCGACAAUAAUUACGAUUCGCGACACGACAGUAAGACCUACGACGACCAGGGCUACGCCCACUCGGAACCUCCCCGCGAUCGAGCCAUUGUUGCCGGGGACGACUACGACCGUCCUCCUGCCAGCGCGCACAGCGAGAAGGGUCCGCGCUUAGGUGACGGGUUCGGCAAGGAGACGUCUGGAGGAGACAUGUACAGCAGGCGCGAUCGUCCGGUGGAGGUUGCGAACCAGCAGGCCGGGAAUGCGUUUGCGAGUGGUGGAUAUAGAGAGAAUCUGUCGGAUCGGACGAGGGCAGCGAGUAAUGGAUAUGAUGCACCGCAGGCUGGCAAGAGCGAUGCUGCUGCGCCGAAUCUGCUGAUUGAGGCGUUCAACCAGGCGGUGCGACCUUACAGUGACAAGAUUGAAGGUUUGGAGAGCGAGAUUGCGGAUUUGAGAGCGUACAUUGCGAGCUUGGAGAGGCAGCAGAAUGAAGUGCAUGCUUGGAUUGACAAGCGAGGGCUACGACCAGACGUGCCUCCCGCGAUCGCCCAAAUCAUGGACUCAGCGUCACACGCAUCCUCGCCCACCCACGCGGCUGCCACACUGAAUGCCCAGCUGGACCGCAAGAUCACCAUCGUCAACUUCGACCUUCACCGUCUCCAAGACGACCUCAACGAUUCCCUUCCUACGCCCUCCUUCAGCGCUUGCAUGCUGAAGUUCCUUCCCGACAUCAGCCGCCUAUCGUCCCUUCCCUCCGGGCCGAGAUACGCUUUCGAUCUGCUGCUGAAGCUCGGCGGCAACCUCAACAGCCACGGAGGACUAGAGAAUGGUGAUGAGGAAGACAUUAUGGAAAGGAAGGCAUUCUAUGGACGUCUUGAUGAGGCCAUGGUCGACGUCGUGAAGGGUCGUUUCCGCGAGGAAGGCGACAGCUGGGGCGUGCAGCGCGAAAUCAAGCGCAUUGAGAAGACGGGAGCAUACCUGAGAAAUUGGGGCGUCGAGCCUUACUUCCCUCAGACUCUUGAAGUCAUGAGAGACGGCGGUCAUGGAGGCAUGCCUACCAGCUCGGCGCAAGCCUUGCCUGGUGGAAGCGCGCCUGAAUACGCGUAGAUGAGGGCCUGCCUCAUUCCGACUUGUUUCUUGUUGGAUAAUCGCCGGCCGUCCUCAUCAGCUGCCAUCCUAUGUCUGGAUCUCAGGCGCUUUACAUACCGGUUCGCUGCCCGGCUGGUGUGAUCGUUUGUACAGAACAGAUCAUCGCCUUUUCUUUUUGCUGUUCUUUUGUCGAUAAAGGACGAACGACUUUGUAUGGAUUGUACGGAUGGGACAAAGAGAAAGACAGCACGGCAUACUGCAUACAGAACGGAGUAAUGAGAAUGAAAAUGAAGAUAUUGGACAUUGGCCUCCAGAUCGCGAAGGGUAUUCGGCAGGCGUCUCCUCGUUUCCUCUGCGUCAGAGGUGUUCCAUCGUUUGCUCUAUUCAUUUUUGAGCGGAAGGAAGACAGCAAACUCCUUAUGAUGCAGCUAAUAUAUUAAGGCUGGGAGACUCUGACACUUCACGCCCUCCUGUCGUGCUCUCAGCCG